GUUGAUUUUGAAGGACAGGAGAAUAGAUUUAUAGUCUAUUAAUUCAACAAACCUUCGGCUCUUUCAAGGACUCCGAAAAGCCGACAGGAUAAAUUCUGAACGCUGUCUCUCAAGCCUGUUUCCUUCACUGUAGUUUUUAAAUUAAAUACCUGCAGCCUCAGACUCAAUUUUGCUCCCAAGACGGUAAAUAAACUAAUGAGCUCCUGUGUUACUUUCCAGGCUAACUCGCUCAGGCUAAUCAUGCUGGGACGUAAGGUCACUCAUAAUGCGGCUCUGUGUAAUGCUGUGCUUCGCCUCCCACAGUUCAUAUCAGGAGCACAACACCAAGCAGGAACUGUUAUAGCUGUGCAGAGUCUGCGUCGUUAUGCGAGCCAAAGUGCCCAGGUAGUCUUGGAGAAGUCAGCAGCCAGCAGUGAUGUUGACGCCAAGGCUCAAAGAGUGGACAAGAAAGCUGCCAGUGUGGAGUCAAAAUCCUUUGCUGUAAGCAUGUUUAAAGGGCAGAUCAGUACCUCACAGGUGUUCCCCUUUCCCACAGUGCUGAAUGAGGAGCAGUCGGAGUUUCUCAGGGAGCUGGUGGGACCUUGUUCAAAGUUUUUUGAUGAGGUAAAUGACCCUGCUAAGAAUGAUGACCUGGAGAAGGUCGAGGAUCACACCAUGGAGGGGCUGAAGGAGAUGGGAGCUUUUGGCCUGCAGGUGCCUGCUGAUCUGGGUGGUGUGGGCCUCAAUAACACACAGUAUGCCAGGCUGGUGGAGAUUGUGGGCAUGCAUGACCUGGGUGUGGGCAUCACUCUUGGUGCUCACCAGUCCAUUGGCUUUAAGGGCAUUCUCCUCUUCGGUAACAAGCAACAGAAGGAGAAGUACCUCCCCAAGCUGGCCUCGGGUGAAACGGUCGCAGCAUUCUGUCUGACUGAGCCAUCUAGUGGUUCGGAUGCUGCCUCAAUCAGGUCUGUUGCUGUGCCCUCACCUUGUGGCAAGUACUUCACCCUUAAUGGAAGCAAAAUUUGGAUCAGUAAUGGAGGCCUGGCUGAGAUCUUUACUGUGUUCGCUAAGACUCCAGUGAAGGAUGAGAAAACUGGAGAGGUGAAAGAUAAGAUCACUGCUUUAAUUGUUGAACGAAGCUUCGGAGGAGUCACACAUGGUCCUCCAGAGAAGAAGAUGGGUAUCAAGGCCUCAAACACAGCAGAGGUGUACUUUGAGAAUGUGCAUGUUCCAGCCGAGUGUGUACUGGGUGAAAUUGGAGGAGGAUUUAAAGUGGCCAUGAAUAUCCUCAACAACGGGCGCUUCGGCAUGGCUGCAGCACUCUCAGGAACCAUGAAGGGUGUUCUUGCUAAAGCGGUGGACCAUGCUGCCAACAGAACACAGUUCGGUAACAAGAUCCACAACUAUGGAGUCAUACAGGAGAAAAUGGCCAGAAUGGCCAUGAUGCAGUAUGUUACAGAGUCUAUGGCCUACAUGGUCAGUGGGAACAUGGACAGUGGAGCAACAGAUUUCCAGAUUGAAGCGGCCAUCAGUAAAAUCUUUGCCUCUGAAGCAGCAUGGACUGUGACUGAUGAGUGUAUUCAGAUUAUGGGUGGAAUGGGUUUUAUGAAGGACGCUGGUGUCGAGAGGGUCAUGCGAGACCUGCGAAUCUUCCGUAUCUUUGAAGGCACCAACGACAUUCUGCGACUCUUUGUGGCACUCAAUGGCUUCCAGAAUGCAGGAAAUCAGCUGAAGAACUUGCAAAAAGCUCUGAAAAGUCCGUUUAGCAAUGCUGGUCUGUUGGCUGGGGAAAUAACCAAACGUGCCAAAAGGAAGGCUGGCAUGGGUACAGGCCUCACGCUGCAGGGAAGUGUCCAUCCAGAACUGGCCCACAGUGGUGCUCUGGCGGCUAAAGCCAUUGAGCAGUUUGGAGAGGUGAUUGAAGAACUGCUUCUAAAGCACGGCAAGAGGAUCAUUGAUGAGCAGUUUGUGCUGAAAAGAGUUGCAGACUGUGCUAUUGACUUGUAUGCCAUGGUCGUGGUGCUGUCCAGGGCCUCCAGGUCUUUGAGUCAGGGUCACUCAUCUGCUCAGCAUGAGAAGAUGCUGUGUGAGACCUGGUGCACUGAGGCUCAUCAGAGAAUCAUGCAGGAGAUCAAGUUCCUGAGGUCAGGCACAUCCAAGCAGAUCUUCAAGAACCUGCGUGCCAUUUCUGCAGCUGUGGUCGAGAACGGCGGGGUGGUUUCUCCUCAUCCCUUGGGCUUUUAAAAAUCACUUUCUUCUUUUUCCCUUACUGCUAUCGGUCAUAAGCUAACCUUUUCUUGGGCCUUGAUUAAAAAAAUAAAUUCAUACAACUUCCCACAUGGCUGAAUACUGCCAAGCUGGGCAAGUGGAGGGAAUAAUUGCAUGACUAUAAGACUUGCUAGUACCAGUGAGUAAAGUUAUUGUCAAAUAAAAUGAAUGUGUAAAAAGUAAGUUUCAACGCAAGAAGUGUUUUGGGAUGUGGAACUGGUGGGUAUAGUACACUCAGAAAAUAAAAUACAUCAUAAAGUACCUUUGGGGAACACCAGCUUGUCAUUGGGGCAGUACCCUCUAAGGCAGCGUUUCUCAACCUUUUUUCAGUCAUGGCACCCUUCAGAAAUAUGCAAAUUCUCAAGGCACCCCCAUAUAAAAUAUACGGGGUACAAAUAAAUACAGGGCGGCACGGUGGUGUAGUGGUUAGUGCUGUAGCCUCACAGCAAGAAGGUCUGGGUUCGAGCCCCGUGGCCGGCGAGGGCCUUUCUGUGUGGAGUUUGCAUGUUCUCUCCGUGUCCGCGUGGGUUUCCUCCGGGUGCUCCGGUUUCCCCCACAGUCCAAAGACAUGCAGGUUAGGUUAACUGGUGACUCUAAAUUGACCAUAAGUGUGAAUGUGAGUGUGAAUGGUUGUCUGUGUCUAUGUGUCAGCCCUGUGAUGACCUGGUGACUUGUCCAGGGUGUACCCCGCCUUUCGCCCGUAGUCAGCUGGGAUAGACUCCAGCUUGCCUGCGACCCUGUAGGACAGGAUAAAGUGGCUACAGAUAAUGAGAUGAGACAAAUAAAUACUGGGUACAAAUUUCCCAUGUCACAACGUCACUGCCGGGGUCAGCAUAUGGUCAGCGUGACCAUACGCUGACCCCGGCAGUGACGUUGUGACAUGGGAAAGGGGGCCAUGAGGCGGCGAUGAUCUGCAUUAGUGUAACUAUCGUUUUUUGGAAUUUUAAUUCAUUUUAUUUAUUUCAGUGUUAGAAUAUAUAAUUUUUUGAUGGCAAGCCUAACGAAGCCAGACGGCACCCCGGUUGAGAAAGGCUGGUCCAAGGUACUUAUUUGUAUCUUUUUAUAUACUGCUAGGGAACGUAUAUGUACAUUUUUGACCUUAAAAAGGUACACAUGGUUACCUUGACGUCCCAUAAUGACCCCUAGGGGAUACAUUAGUAUAGAUUGUACCUUGAGGGACAGAAAUGGACUCCUACUGUACCCGUUUCUGACUGUGUACAUGAGAUUUUCGCUGACUGAAAACUAAAUAGUCGGGAUUAAUAAUAAUAGUAGUGGUGGUGGGUGGGGUUUUGUUUUUAUAUACAACAUAAACAAACAUGGACCCACAUCUGGCCUCUUUCAAGUGGUGUUGUAAAUUUCUCAUUGUAUUGAAGGGAUUAUUUGUUUGUACAGCUGAUUUUGACCUGGUUCAACCCCCCUUCACCGAUACACUCCUGUACAUAAGGCUUUAUACUUUUAAUAUAAACGGUCAUGCUGCCUUAGUGGCUCACUUUUUAAGGCCUUCUGUUAUUUGGAUAUUGAACACCUGUUGAAGCAUUCUUACACACACAUGGUUGGCAAAAUUAACAGGAAAUCAUUUGGGUGUUUUUGUACUCUAUCACAAAUACCCUCAAUUGCUGUACUCUAAGGUAUUUAAAUUUUCAUAACAGUAAUUUUUUUUAUUCGGUAGAUUUUGGAUUUCAUUCCCACAUUUCUGUGCGUCGGAUUUUCUGUUCCUGUUGUACACAGUGGCUGUAGAUCUGCAUGUGUGUGAACUCCGAGGUGUAAGCUUUAAUUGUACGCGCCUGUCUGCUUGUACAUUCACAACAGAAAUUGCAGAACUUGAGCAAGAUAUUUAUUAUGCAUACAGUUGGUUAGUGCCUGAAAUUUACAAUGCAGUUACAGGAAAUUUCACAGGGUUUUUUUGUUUUUCCUUUUUUUUUUGACUAAAAUAUUAAAAGCUCUCUGCAGGCUGGGUCCCCCCCCCCCCCCAUGUACCAGAGUCUUGUGAUUUAAAAAAUAAAUAAACAUUAAAGAAUUAAAUAAACAAGAAAAUAGACUCUGUGUAUUUAAUGAUCAGUAUUUCAAUUAACGUAAAGAAGAGUAACUUCAAAAUGCUAUGUCUAAGUAUUGCUAGCUUGACCCCCUUGAAAUCUUUCAGCUUGGUGUUGGGAUUGUUGAAUUUUAAAAUUGGUCAAGUCUCCUGAGAUCUGUAUAAUGCGCUUGCAGCAAUGAUGACAUUUUUAGCUGCAUCUGUGACCUGUCUGAAUGACACCUCGGGUUUGACAAACUUGGUAAAAAAAUAAAAAAUACAUUUUUUAAUUAAGUUUGUGUAAGAGGAGUCAUGGUUCAUUUUGCUACAGUUGUUGGUCCUUGGUGAGCUGUUUCCAUUGCUUGUAAACUGUCAUUUUAAAAUAAAUAUUUGAUUUCCCA